ACCAAUUUAUGUUUGAAAAUGAUAAAUGUGUAAAGAUGCAUAUUGAGAAACCUCAGCUAGUGACUUUAUUUUCUCUGUGUCUGUUUCUGGCCUCCGUGCACCUGCCACGGAUAACGGCAAGUGGAGAUCGCAACCAGGCACAGCUGCAAGGCAGCAACGAUGGUACCCUGCUCAUUGAGGCGGCCACAGACCAGAACAUAACAUUCCGCCUAAUGGGCGAGGCAGCCACGCUGCUCCUGAAUGACGUGGACAUUGUGUCCUUGCUCCAGAUGCGUCGUCAAGCAUCAGCAGUGCAGUCUGGAGCGACACAGCGCGAACCCUUGUCGCUAGACGCCCUGAAGGAACAGUUUCGUAGCGUUCAAAGUUAUCUGACACGACUCGGAGUACGGUUGAGAUACAUGAACCGUGGCACAAGACGAUCACGGCGACUGACGUUCCGGAUUAUGAAACGUAUCCGCGAUAUGGAAAUAACCAUAACAAGCCUCGAAUCUGACCUGGAAAUAGAUGAGUGUCUGUCAAGUCCCUGUAAGAAUGGCGGCACUUGCUACGACGAAUACAAGGCCUUCUACUGCAGCUGUUCCGCCGCCUGGCAAGGACUGACAUGCGAGGACGAUGUGGACGAAUGCUCGGAAUAUGCUGGCACCGCCUUGGCUGUUUGCUAUAACGAUGCACAGUGUAUUAAUACACCCGGCAGCUAUAGGUGCAACUGUCGCACUGGCUUCUACGGCACCCACUGUCGUCUGCGUCAAAACGCCUGUCUGGCCAAUCAGUCCGCCGAGCUGUGCGGCAGCCACGGCACCUGCCUGCCCGCCGCCUCUGCGGGUGGCUUCGUCUGCAUCUGCGAUCAGGGCUGGACAUGGGCGGAUACUAAUGUCACCACGGCGAGUGCAAGUCCCUGCACACGCGAUGUGAAUGAAUGCUCUCCGGACGUCAAUCCGUGUCACAGCGAGUGUAUUAAUUUGCCGGGCAGCUUUCGCUGUGGCGCCUGCCCGCCGGGCUAUACAGGUGACGGCAAGUAUUGUCGCGAUAUUAACGAAUGUGCCGAUGGCAACAACGGUGGCUGCAGCAAACGUCCGAGAGUCAAUUGCAUUAAUACGGAGGGCUCAUCUCGCUGCGGACGCUGUCCGCCCGGGUGGACGGGAGAUGGUCGCACCUGUACCGAGGCCAAGUCCAACACGUGCCAUGGGGAACAAAUUUGCCAUCCACGUGCACAGUGUGAGUACAUCUCCGGUACGGUUGUCUGCAGCUGCCCCCUUGGCUUUUUUGGACAUGGUUAUGGGGCGGAUGGCUGCACGGAGGACUCUGGCCGCAAACCCUGCGACAACCACAGCUGUCUGAACAAUGGUACCUGUGUGCUCAGCGGUCGUGGUACCACAUGCAUCUGUCAACCAGGCUAUACAGGUGCCUUGUGCGCCGAGGCUGAUGACUGUCAUCCAAAUCCUUGUCAGAAUGGAGGCACUUGUCGUCUACUACCCGGGCGACAGCAUCGGUGCUUAUGCCCCGCUGGCUACACCGGCAGCACCUGCUCUUAUUUGCGCAACUACUGCGGCCGCGUUCUAUUCAACGUGGCAGGCAGCAUGCAGUUUCCGCCCAGCGAAGACAAUAGCAGCAGUGGCUAUCACCCUAACGAGCGGUGCGCCUUCAUCAUACGCACUUGGCGCCGCCGGGUGCUGAACGUCACCUUUGGCAUGUUUGACCUACAGCCCAGUGACGAUUGUACUAAAGAUUAUGUCCAGAUUCACGAUGGUAACACACUGACUGCCCCGCUCAUCGGACGCUUCUGUGGCCACGAAUUGCCAUUUGGCAAUGGUACCUUGGUUUCCACCCAGGAGCAACUGUUCUUCUGGUUCCGCUCGGACAAUGCAACGCAGGCGCGUGGCUUUAAUUUAACAUGGAACUCACAGGAAUUGGUGUGCGGUGAGCAACUGAGACUGGCUCUGGGCGAGAGUGGAGUUUUGCGUUCGCCCAGCUACCCGGGUAAGGCUCGUCCUAGUCUCGAUUGCAGUUGGGACUUGACUGCACCGUUUGGCACUCGGCUGCUAUUGCGCUUUUACGAGAUUACGCUGGGCAGCAGGAUGAUCAUCAGUCAGUCUGCACCCAACUGCAGCAAUGCGGAUAAUUUGAGUGUCCGUGAUGCGGAUCGACAGCUUUAUUUGGCCUGCCAAUCAGUGCAACCUGCACCAUUGUACAGUUCAUCCAAUCUGUUGAACAUACACUUUCACACGGACAUGUAUCGCUCGGACAGCUCCUUUCAACUGCACUACGAGGUUGUUGCGGGUCAUCCCGGCUGCGGUGGCGUCUUCACCGAGCGAAGCGGCGUUAUCAGUGGCCACAUGAACGCCGACCUCUGCUUGUAUCGAAUUGAACAGCCCGUAGGCACACAGAUUCAGCUCAACUUCCAUCAAAUUAAUCUAAUGUAUUCCAACAAUUGUCAUCUGCAAAAACUGGAGAUAUUCGAUGGGGCCAGCGAUGAGGAGCCGCUGUUGCGUCGUUAUUGCGGAGAGCCGAAGUACGGUGAACUGCAGCCGCUAAUCUCUAGCAGUAAUAUUGUACUGGUGCGCUAUGAGUACAAAUGGGCGGGUCUGGAUAUGCAAAAGAGCUUUGAGCUCCGCUACAGUCGAGUUUGCAUCUACAACUACACCGAUGGUGAGGAUGGCAUUAUAACCACUCCCAACUAUCCAAAUCCUUACCUGGAGAAUGUGGAUUGUACUUUUUUCAUACGAGGAGAUUUGGGGAAAAGAAUACGCAUUAAUAUAACCGAUCUAUCGUUAAGCGAAAUGCAGCCACCGCCUUCAGAGACUGCUGAACUCUCCAUUAAUUCUGUAGAUCAGUUAAACUACUUAGAUGUUUAUCUUUCUCGGAAUGAAAGCGACAAGCAACGUUUAUUCAAGAACUUGACCAAUGUAUUGCUGAUAUCUCAUAACAAUCAGGCGCGCUUGGUCUUUCACAGUGCAGGCAAUCCACAACGUGGUCGUGGUUUGCGUGUGGAAUACAGCUUCAUUAAUGACGCUUGUGGAGGGGUUCUGAGUACGCCAAGUGGAAGAAUACCUGAUAGGAUUUUUAGGCGCUACUGCUUGUGGACCAUUGAGACGGUAGGCAGAAAGCAUCUCCACAUCAGUUUUGAAAUGUUGUGGGGUGCUGCGCGCCUUUUCAUUUUUGAUAACAGCACUGGAACAGAAGCCAAAUUGUUGAACACCUAUAAUAUAGGGAGUAGUUCAGAAGAAUUACAAAUUAAUGAAUACACUGAUUCAAAUCUGCUGACAAUAAUUGUGUCUCCCUAUGUGUUUUCGUCCUACUCUAUCUACCUAUUAUAUGAGCCGGCUAAGGAAGUUUGUGGCGGAAGCUCUGCAGCUCGAUACGGAACUAUUCAAUCACCAAAUUGGCCACAAAAAUAUGGCAGAUUAGAAAAUUGCUCAUGGAUUAUUAAAGCACCACUUGGCAGUCGAAUUGAGCUGAUUGUUCAGAAUUUUACAUUGGAAUCAACAGACGCCUGUGAAGAUGACUAUCUGGAAAUAAGAAAUGGCAACCAGGCGACAUCACCGCUUAUUGGGCGAUACUGUGGCAGUCAUAUACCUCCACGUAUUCCAUCGUAUGGCAAUGCCCUGCACGUUUACUUCCGGACGGACUCAUUGGUGCAGGAGGCUGGCUUCCAUCUAAACUGGCAAAUGGCAACCGCUGGCUGUGGUGGAAAACUCAACUCAGCUGUGGGCGCCAUCCACUCACCCCACAGCAUGGAUUUCAAUAGUGGUGCAGUUUCAUGCGACUGGCAAAUUAUCGUUGCACAGGGUUCCACUGUGCGGAUACAGCUGCAGAGUCAGGAUGAUGUCUGCAACGGACAGUUGACCAUAUACGAUGGACCCACGACACGUAGUUCGCCAAUGUCGCUGAACUGCAGCAGCCCGGGUCAAUCGUUGGACCUGGCAUCCAGUAGCAACCGAGUGCUGGUGCGCUACAACGUUCCGAAGGAGUCACUCGAUGGCAUUCGAUUCGUUCUGGAUUACGCCACAAACUGUCGAGUGCGACUUGAGCAGUUGAGCGGCUCUAUCGAAACGCCCAAUUUCCCGGACAAUUAUCCAGCGAACACCAACUGCGAGUGGGAUAUUCGAGGCGGAGCUCUCAGCAAUCGCUUGCAGCUGAUCAUCUCGCACAUGGCCGUAGAGCGAACAGACAGUGGCUUUUGUUAUUACGACUACGUUCUGCUGGCCGACUAUCGCGAUGAUCAGCUAAUAAACGAGAGUCGUCCGUGCAGUGCAAAUCAUCUGGACUUCACCAGCGAGGGCAAUCGCCUGCUGAUAAGUUUUCGCAGCGACGCCUCACAGCAAGCGAUGGGCUUCCGCGCCGAGUACAAGCGUCUGGGCUGUGGAGGGGAACUGUUAGGACGAGGUGGCACCUUUGAGACACCCAAUGCACCUUAUAGCAUUGAUUUUGACUGCAACUGGUUGAUUACGGCGCCCGAUGGCUUUCAAAUCCGACUGUUGCUGCGUGAAGUGCACAUCGAGACGACGCUGCAUGACUGCAGCCAGGAUGGCCUUACUGUUCUGCCAGGUGGCAAUUCAUCGCACGUUUUGUUCCGCAGCUGCCAGGUGGAGACCAAUGUGCAAACGCUGCUAUCGCCGGCCAACGAGCUCCGUGUCCACUUUCACAGUAGUCCGCAACGUGCCCGCAAAUACAUCAAAGCUACGUAUGUCAUGGUGCCAGCCUCCUGCGGCGGCUAUGUGAGCGUCAGCAAUGGUGUCAUUACCUCCCCCGGUUUCUACGAGCCAGGCAUCCAAAUCUAUGACAAAGAUGUAGAAUGCGUUUGGACCAUUGAGGUUGCCGACACCUAUGGCUUCCUCUUGAACUUCGAGCAGUUCAACCUGACCGACUCGCCCAACUGCAGCCUUGCCGUGCUGGAGCUCUCCAGCCAAAAGGCCGACAACAGUGGACAGUUCCUUGAGCGAGCCUGUGGCGAGAAGAGUCCAGUCACGGUUCUGGUGCAGAACAAACUGCGCUUGCACUUGCAGGUUUCGGCGGGUAAUUGGGCAAGAUUCGCACUGCAAUAUCGGCGGUUCUGCGGCGGUACGCUGUCAGCCGAUGAGGGCUAUAUACGGUCACGACUGGAUGAAUACUGCUACUGGACAAUCAACGGGCCGGAGGGCAGUAAGAUCAGUCUAAACAUAUAUCAGCUGGAGUGUCCGCGGUGCACAGCGCCUGAGGGCAACUGUACGGCUGGUCUGCGAGUGAUAAAUGAUGAGGAUGGAGUGGAGUAUUUUAAUCUGUGCCAGGAUCAUCAUGCUAAUUUGAUUGUGCCAACAAACAGGGUACGCAUCCAGACCCGGGGCAUUGUCCUGAUUGCUCAAUAUACCAGCAUGGAGAACUCCUGCGGUGGCAAUAUAACUUCUGUGCGUGGCACACUCAGCUCGCCCAACUAUCCGGAGAGUUAUCCGGCGAACGUGGAAUGCGUGUGGCUAAUCGAACCCCGUGCUGGGAAUGCCCUCGAGCUGAACUUUGAGGCAAUGGACCUUGUUGAAUCGGAUCAUUGCAAUGCAGACUUCUUAGAGGUGCGUGCCGGCUUACUGGAUUCCAUCCUGGGUCUGUACUGUGGCACGGAGUUGCCCGCUGCACCAUUAAUAGCCAGGGGACAGGUGUGGCUCAAGUUCCGCAGUCAGCCCGGUAGCAGUGCCAACGGAUUCAAGCUGCGCUGGAAUUAUGUGCACGACCAGGAGUUGACGGAAGGUACCGAUGGCAUCAUUGAAUCGCCACCAACGCUGGCGGUUCGCGGUGAUGAUCAACCUUACAGCUGGCGUAUCUUCAUGGAGCGUACCCGAGUUCUGACUCUUGAUUUCAAGUAUUACAGCACAGGACUCCAGCUUUUUGAUGGCUUCGAUGACAGUGCGCUGGCUAUUAGCAUACAACCCUCACCCUGGCUGUUUACCUCGAGCAGCAAUGUGAUCUACUUGAGGACUGUCAAUACGGAUUUCGAUGCCUUCCGACUGCAGUGGCGUGUCCUGCACAGCGAAUCUCUGGUACCAAAUGUGACGCUAAAGAGCAAAGAAUGCAACGAGGUCUACAUAAUGGACAAUAGUCCGAUAGCAAUCAAAUCACCUGGCUAUCCGCAGGGCUACAAGCCGAACUUGAACUGUGAGUGGACCUUCAAGCCAUCGAAUCCCACACAACAUGUCUUUGUACUACUCUAUGAUGUGCGGCUCGAGGUUAUGGAUCAGUGUUCAGUUGAUUAUCUAAUCGUGCAGAGCUCUAACAAUCUGGUCGAUUGGCAGGAGCGGCUGCGCAUGUGCAAUAGUAGUGUCGAUACGGGUCGUCCCAUACAGCGAAUAGAUGGCACUCCAAAUUUGCAGCUAAAGUUUGUCACAGACGCAACAGUCAAUGGAACCGGCUUCAGAUCUGUGGUGUCUACAGAUUGUGGCUCCAACAUGACCGGCUCCGUGGGCACCAUUGUCGACUCAUUCUUUAUGCGGCGCCCAGAUAGCCCUUGCGAAUGGUCCAUCGAGGUGCGACCCGGCAGAGUCAUUGACUUUACCAUUGAAUACAAUGGAGCACCACGUAAUGCCAGUUGCUCGAUCUAUGGCUUAAUUAAUGAUGGAUUGGAUGUUGGGGCGCCACUGCUGAAGCCGGGUAAGUUCUGCAAUCAGUUGGGCUUCGCAACGACUAGCUUUCGCACGAGCGGACCGCAUGCGCACAUUAGGUACUUCAUGGCUCCGAGCACGGGCAUCGUGAAUCCGCUACAAAACCAAUGGAAUCUCACGUACCGUGAGUUCAGUGAAUGCGACGGUGAAGUGCGUCUAACCCACCUGGCGAGCAGCUAUAACAUCAGCACACCUGGCUAUCCCUACUACCCGCAUCCGCACACCGAUUGCACCUGGGUGAUCAUUGCUCCACCCGGCGAAACAAUUGCCGCCAACUUUGUGGAUGACUUUGCCUUGAGUAUGCGGUAUUGCGAUCAGGAAUACGUUGAACUCUUCGAUGGCUCCACAACGCUGGCACGCCGUUUGUUGCGCACUUGCGUCCGCCCGGGAACGACGCACAGCUCGGGUAGUCUACUCCUGGUGCACUAUCAAACGCAACUGAAUGAGCCGCAAGGCGGCUUCCGUUUGAGCGUGUCACUCAGCAGUUGCGGUGGACAGUAUAACUCUGCCAGUGGCAUCAUUAAAUCCGAGCAUUACCCAGCUUUGGGUGCCUAUUCCAUGCCGGCUGUGUGCGAGUACAUCAUCAAGACCCCAAUGGACACCCAAAUCCAACUAAACUUUAGUGAUCUGCAUUUGCCGUUCGAUGGCGCGGAGGAAUCCAUUGACCGCAUUGAACUAUUGGAUCUGACGAAUCAGCGCCAAAUCCUUAUUACACUAUUCAGCAAUGUGAGCGUACCCUAUAAUAUCAAACUGGCCACAAAUGAGUUGGCACUGCGCCUCGUCACGGUAAAGACGGUGCACAGCUAUCGGGGAUUCCAGCUGCAGUAUAUGGCAACGAAGACCUCCUGCUUCCGGGACGUGACAGCUGCGUCCGGCGACUUGGAAAUAUAUAGAGAACAGGGCCAGAUCAACAGGCUGAGAAAUUGUCAAUGGCGUAUAACGGUGCCCAAAGGGCAACGAGUGCGUCUGGAACUACUUAAUCUAUCCGAGUUAAUUGUUUCCAGAACUCCACGUGUAUCCUAUAUUAGGAGGUCUUAUUUUGGUCAUGGUUUGGCAAUGAGAAAGACGUUCGCUUUUUACAAUGAUCUCAACCAGCGUUCGAAGAUAAUCGACUUCGAAUUGGGUGCAUACAGUGGAAAUGGGAUCAUAGAGUCGACGGAUAACUUUAUGUUGGCCCGGUUCAUGCUGACUUCAGAAAAUGUAAUAGUCCCAUUUCGAGCACGAUUUAGCUCCAACCAAUCCUCGCCAUGUCCGCCGAAUAUUGGCAGCCAGGCGUCUGGCAUCGUGUCCAACCAGGAGCUCAUUGAUCUGCCCACCUAUUACUGUAAUGUUCGCUUUAUGGCCGAGCCCGGAGUGACGCUCAGCUUCCGAGUGGAGGGUCUGCUGACACCUCAGACAACUAUCACAUUUUAUGAUUAUAUGGGACCGACUUUUAUAUCAGUGAGAAUGAGCAAUUACACCGUCUCGAUGGCCACCACCGCCGGUUACAUAAUGCUAUUAGGUAGGCCUGGCGGGAGUCAACAGCGUUUCCGUAUAACAUACAAUCGAUACUCUUGUGGUGGGCAGCUGAGCCUCACGGAGGGCACCACCGUUGAGCUGCCUCCAUUGAGCGAACACUUUGGCCCGUUGGAGUGCGUGUGGAUGCUACAGGAUAGCAUUGGCUAUGAACUGAGGGGGAAUGUGAGCUUCAGCGAUAGCUGCGACCGGGAGUAUUUGACGCUAAGCACUGGGAGAAACCUGGCUGAAACUAUGUUGGCUAGGAUCUGUGGUGAGGCGACGGAGAUGAACACCACACUCCUUCAAAUGUCGAAUACCAAACUAACCUAUCAUGCGACACAGUAUCGGGGUGGCAGAAGUCAAUUCCUGGUGCAGGCAAGCAGACCCAAAUCCCUUGGCGGCUGGGGCAACAUAAUCGAGGUGGGAAUGCAGCCAAUACCGUCGAUCGUCGUUGAUGCGGGCAGCUAUCGCAAUAACAUGGAGCUCGGCUGGGAAUUUCGGGCUGGGAGUAGUAUAUCGCUGCGCGUGGUAUUCCAGGGUAGAUUCUUCAUUGAGUUGUCGCCCAAUUGCACCAACGAUUAUCUGCAGAUCUUCACCUACGAUCUACCAGUAUGGAAACCGAUUGCCAAAUACUGCGGUCGAGAGCUCCCACAGCCGUUGCAUGUACCGAGCAGCCAAAUGCGCAUUGUGUUCCGCACAAAUGGGAAUAUCACAGGCGAUGGCUUCACUUUUGUCGUUCGCUCUAGCUGCGAUGCCAAGCUGCAGGCCAGCACAGAGGUGCAAAAAUUUACCCACGCACCAAAUGUUCGGGGCCGAUGGCGGAGUGAGAACUGCACAUUUGAGAUUACCACCGAUACCAAGCACCAGCUGCUGGUGAGUGUGAAGAGCAAAGGCAGGACAUCCUGGUCCCAGUUGACCUGUGAUUUGAACAACUUUGAGGCAUAUCGCCAAGUGGCCGACAAGGAGGAGCGCAUUGGUAAUUUCUGCCCGAACUUUGAGGUGAGUGGGUAUGGACGCGUGCGCCUAAACUAUAUCCACAAGAACUCAAUAAAUCGACCCUUUGAGCUGCAAUAUCAACUGAUUGGCUGCGGUGGCGAUUAUAGGGCACCAUUUACGUUGCGUCCACCGAUUGGCGAGACCGAAGGCAGCUAUGCGAUUGAAGAGACCUGUGAAUGGCAUGUGACGGCGCCGCCGCAGCAUGCGAUAUUUUUGCGCUUCAAGUACUUUGAUAUUGAACGCACCGAGGACUGUCUCCACGACCAGGUGAGCAUCUAUCGCGGCACUUCAUUGUGGAUUAAGGAGCAGAGUGUCGCCUGCCUGUGCGGCAAUCUCAGCGAGCCCACCGUCAUGGUGGACAGCAAUCAGGCUGUAAUUUUUGCUAAAUUGUCGGGCUUCAUUAGUUCCGUGGGACGUGGCUUCCUUGCCACCGUGCACUUCACUCCGAACUGCAAUGAGCGGUUGCGGUUUAGUGAGGGCAACACGCGGAUGAGUUUGGUGCGUCAAUAUCAAGUCAAUGGCACCAGCGACAACGAUCUUCAAUGCUAUUUCCGAGCCAUGGCAUCGAUGGGCUCUCGGCUUUCCGUGUGGCUAAAGCAUCUGCAGUUGAAUGCCAAACCAUGCGAAAGGCUACCAUGCAAUUCACUGGAGGUGAUCGAUGGCUUUGAUUUUGACAGUGUCAGCUUAGGCAAAUACCAUUCCGAUAUUGGCAACGGCACAAAACUCUACAGCUCGACAUCGAAUCUUCUGAUUAAGCUGAGCGGAUCUGUGGCCCAACCAAAUGGCAUCAGUUUUGAAUUGAUACUGGAAAUGGAGUACACUGUCUGUGGACAAUUGGAUUAUAACCUGGUCUCCAAUGAGACUGUCAAUCUUCGCCUGAACUCGGAUAACAUAUCCAAGAACUAUGAGGGCAGCAUCCAUUGCCAUUGGCACUUCACUGCAGAUGACCAAAUACAAAUCCACAUAAACUCUGUGCAGCUACAGGGUAUCUCCCAAUUGACUGGAAAAUGCAUUGAUUAUCUUCUAGUUAAACCAGAACUCGAACAUUCCAAGUAUUAUUGUGGUCAGUUUAAUAAUACCGUUUUGGAUAUACCAAGCGGCAACUUCGACAUAACAUUCCACAGCAAUGGACAAGCGUCAAUGUUUUGGUUGGAUUUAUCAAUUAAGAAGAAAGCACAUUGUAAUCGUACUUUCAACGCACUGAAUGGCGGGAUCCAGUUUUAUACCAUCGAAGCAGACGAUCCUGAUAAUUGCGUAAAUUAUAUAAGGGUUCCAGAAGGAUACUCCUUGACAUUAGAAAUAAUGUUUUUGCACUUCAAGUUCCACACAAAUCAAUUCUUUAAUAUGACGGACCUACGGACAAAUCGUUCAGUUUAUAGUGUGAGUGGCGACAAUUUUAUUUCGUUUGAAACCGUACACACCAACACAAAUGCGAUACGUCUAUUGGGCGUGGGAUUGAGAUUUCUCCAAUUGUUUUAUUACGCGACAAGUAACACACUACCCGCGGGCUGUGGCGGCGACCUAACCGCUUUGGAGGGUCAAUUUUCGAAUCCUGCCUACGAUAAUCGUAACUACUCGGACUGCAGCUGGCGAAUAUCCGUACCAGCUGGCAAUACACUGUAUUUGACUUUCAGGACAUUUAAUAUGGGCUCAGAAAGCAAUUGUCAACUCGAUAAUAUCAAAAUAUACCAAAUAAUGCCCGACAACAGCGAAAUAUUGCGACAUACCUUAUGUGGAUCGGAUCCGCUGGAACCACUUCAGGCCAACUAUAAUCGGUUAAGGAUAGACGCUAAGAAAUCUCCAAACUUUGAUGGAAUUGGUUUUCAAUUAUCCUACAGUUCCACAUAUGAAUGAUUUCAUUUGCUAAAAGAAAUUAUUAUGUACAGCAAAGACCCUUAUAGUAUUCAAUUCAAUGUCUUGUGUUUAAUCUUAAUAUCAGUUCUGCACUAAAAUAAAUAUCAAGAAUCGAAA